CAAGAACCAAACAUCACUUGUUGCUAGUCUGUCAUAGCGAAUGAGGGGCUUUCUGCCAUGAACGGGUGUUCUAACUGCGUUGAACUUUAACACGGUUUCUCUUCAAGUACACGAGUGAGACAGCGAUGCCAAGGGUAAACUGCUCGCGUGCAUAUGGCUAGUUCAAGAAAAGUGGUCGAGUUUUUCUAUGAUAUUGUUUCUCCGUAUUCCUGGAUGGCAUUUGAAGUGCUGUGUCGCUACAGAAAUGUUUGGAACCUCGACCUCAAAUUUAAACCAGCAUAUUUAGGGGGAGUCAUGCAUGACUCCGGCAAUCGGCCCCCUGGAAUGGUCCCAAAUAAGUUUCAUUACAUGACCAAAGAUCUGGAGCGGGUGUCUGGCUAUUUUGGCGUUCCUUUGUAUCCACCUUCAAACGUUUUUGAGGCAAUGUUUGAGAAAGGCACUUUGAAUGCCAUGCGUUUUGUGACCGCUGUAGCAGAGAAGGAAAAAGAGGGAGACGUGCUGGUGGAAAGGGUAUCUAGAGAGCUAUGGAAAAGAAUCUGGAGUACUGAUCAGGACGUUACCCAGCCUGCCUCACUUACUGAGGCAGGAUUAAAAGCAGGUCUCUCGGCCAAUGAGUUGGAGGAAAUUCUGACCCUCUCCAAAUCUCAGCCAAUCAAAGACAAGCUGAAGAGUGUCACACAAGAAGCACUGGACUAUCAAUGCUUUGGUUUUCCUUCCACUGUGUGUCAUGCGAACGGGAAGGCUGAGCUCUUCUUUGGUUCUGACAGAUUUGAGCUCAUGGCUCAUUGCAUCGGAGAGAAGUGGGUGGGGCCUCACCCUGACAAACCUACAUCCAAAAUGUGAUCAUUGCUCUCCUAUACUUCUAAAUAAAAUUUUAUAAAUGCUCUACAUUCACAUUGCCCUUAUAAUAUAAACUUCCUGAAUUCAAAAGAGAGGAAAAAAGCUGUGGAGACAGAAAUAAUAAGAAAUAUGUCUA